AUGGCCGACAAGCACAUGCAAAUUUUGGCCAAUUUAAUAAAAGCAGUUACCAAUGUUGCUGAUCGUGGCACAUCACAGGAAUCGAAUAUCGAGGGAUCGGAGGGAAGUAGUUCAGUUAGUGUAGAGGAAACAAUAAAGCGGUUGUUUCCAUCAACAGAGGGUGGUCAAGGUGCAAACGCCACAAAAAAUACAGUGCUAGGAGAGCGCGCCGUGGAACAAGAAAGGAAUGAAAAUCCUGAUAGGCAUACCGUAGCAAGUAUUGUGCGAUUUAAUCCAAGCACAGUGUAUAGACCGAAAGCUGGAAAACGGGCGAAAUCAUCAUCGUCAAAAGCACCAAAAAAAUCAUCAUCGUCAAAAGCACAAAAUCAAAAUCAUCAGCGUACAAAAGCGUCUGAAGCCGAACGGAAAUCGGCGAAGGAUGUUAUUUUAUUACCCGGACCAAAUGUAAAUUGUGUUCCAAAAGGAGUUGCACGUGAAGAACUUUAUGUGCGGGGAUUUACAACAACUUUCGAACUGACUUUGUCAAUGACCGAGGAAGAGAUACGGUGUAUCUUAGAGGAAAAAUUGAAAGAUAAACUUUGUAAUAUAGCAGGAUUGAAGUUUAUUUUCGUACGAGCAGUAAGCAACAAAAUAAUCGUUCCUAGUAUGUCCAAAACGGAAAGCUUCGAUGGUCGGAUGGUAAAGCAUUUUGCAGGACAAGGGCCAAUUUACAUUAGAGCCCUGAGAGAUAUCAGUUCUGCACUUAUGAAAGGUCACUGGAAAAGAAUAUAACCUGAUUGUAGUGCCAGUGAUGAUGAGAGUGAUGACAAUGCAAGUGUGAAAUCACCUGUACACGAACCAUGUACUGGACCAUUACACCCCCCAAGCCCAGACAUAUCUACCACAAGACUGUCAUCAGAGCCAUCGACAUCUGCUACAAAUGAACCUAGCUGCUCUAGAAAUCUUAUUGCAUGUCCCACAUGCCAUAAUGCUUUCCCUGCUGGUGAGAUAGAACUGCAUGCAGAUGCUUGUGCUGAGGAGAAAUAUGGAAGUGUCAAUGAAAAUCAGUACAAUAAUAUAAUGGAAGAAUUUGAUGAUAUUUAUGAAAUUGAGAAUACAAGCCAUGUGGAAACACCAACUAUCAAUGUUUAUGACAAUGAUGAAAUUCCUAAUGAUGACAUUCUCACGCCUGAAAAUCACAAACAAAAAAUAAAGGAUGCAGUUUACAGGUUAAAUAAACUUGUACCUGAUAAACAGAACAAAUAUCACAUCAGAAGAAAAACAAUCUUUGAUGAUUAUGUCAACGCACGUGUACGCAGCAAAUGGAUGCAGCCAGAAAACAAGAUCAGAGUUGCUUUUGUAGGAGAAAAAGGGAUAGACGGUGGUGGGCCAAAGAGAGAAUUCUUAUCAGGUAACAUUUGGUUAAUUAUGUUGCUCUAAUGUAUCAAUAUUCACCGCUAUAAACAGUAAUUGUAUAUAUACCAUAAACAUCCGAAUAUACCCCCCCCCCCGAAUAUAAGCCCUCCCUGAAUGUAAGUUGAAAAGUCACAUUCCCGGGGGUUCACCGGGGAUGAUUGCAGUUGGAAUUGCCUGUUACAUAAUUCCAGACAAUCCUAUUUAUCCAGUAAUUGAACCGUGAAUGCCUAUCAGUAACAUUAACUUUAUUAAUUAUUGAUAGAUGUGUUGAAACAUGUUGAAAUGCGGCUUUUCGAUGGAAAGGGUAUGAUUAUCCCAAGCACAGUGGCUCUAACAUCGGGGCAUUUUAAAUAUGCUGGGGAACUAAUGGCUCUGUCAGUAGUGCAAGGUGGCCCUUGCCCAAAUUUCUUUUCACAGCAACUUUACAAUCUCAUCACAAAGGGGAUUAAUGCAAUACAAAUCACCACUGACAUGAUUAAAGAUGAAAAAAUGAGAACUGUUGCUGAAAAGGUACCGUAAAUUAGUUAAAUAUCUAAGCACUUUGUACCUAGAAAUAGCAUUUAUUAUCAAAAAUUCAUAGUUUAUACCUUUUAGUAUUAAAGCUUUAUAAGAAAACUUCUUGAUUUAGAAUUAUUGUGUUUGCCCUUUAUUCAGAUCGCUCAAGCUCAGACCAAUGAUGAAUUGACAAAUAUAUUAAGCGAAGAUGAAACACUCUCACUUCUUUCUCUGGUGGGGUAUAGAGGAGUUCCCUCUAGAGAAACCCUUUCUUCAAAGGAAAAUAUUGUCAGGUGAGAUAGUUAACUAACCCAAUUAAUUAAUGGCACCCACAAAUGAAAGUAGAGCUGUCAGGCAUCAGACAGAGCACAAAAAUAGUUGUGUAUCUAGGACCCAAAUGCGCCCUACUUUGAAUUAUUUUACUCUGCUUAACGCCAGAUGAUUUUACUUGUCAAUUACUCAGCACACUCCCCUAUCAGAAUUUUUCAGUGUCUAGUUCAGUGACUGACUUUUCCACAAUAAUGGUUAAAUUAAUUAACAUGGUACAUGGGCAGAUAGUCUGAUUAACCCAUCGAGUGGCAACACCCUCCCCCUGACAAGUAAAAUCGUCUGGUGUUGGGCAGAGUAAAAUAAUAAAGUAGGGCACAUCUGGGUGCAUUGCCACUUAAAGGGUUAAUGGAGCCACAAUGGUAAUCAUGAGGACAGUGGACACUGAGUGUUCAAAAGGCAAACUGAUAUUUUUAUUUUACAUUGAAGUUGACCGAUUGACAAUAAAUAAUAAAAUAUAAAACAUACAGUAUAUUAGAACUUCACCCAACUUCUGUCUCCAAUCUUCUGUCUACAAUUUAUUCAAUCAACCUUAUUUAUAACACAGGUCAAUUACAGUGAAGGCAGUCAUCGAGCCACAACUCAGCAUGCUAUCGCAAUUAGAGGAAGGUAUGAGGAUGUAUGGGUUUCUACAGGAAGUGAAAGACAAUCCAGAAUUGUUUCGGCCUGUGUUUGUUGCUGAUGCUUCAUCAAUGUUUGAUGUUUCCCCCGAUGAGUUCCUUUCGGAUGUAAUUGUGACAUACAACGAGAGGCAAGUUGAGAAACAUGCAGAGGAGGAUACUUUUAAGCACUUUUGCGACUUUGUGGAAUUCCUAUUUCAUGCUGGUAAGAAUAUAUGGCAACCUUUUGUUUGGAUUAUUAUUCACAUUUGAAAUGACACGUAGGUUGAAACGUACAUUGUAAAAGAAAAAUACUACAAAGAUGGCACCUUUUUGAAAAAUAAUAGAACACGCAAUACAUGAUAUUGACACUCCUUAACUUAUAACAUAUUUAUUAUUUAAUAGGUCCGAGUGAAGUUGACCUGUCACUGUCAGAUCUGCUUAAGUUUGUAACUGGUUCUUUCAGCAUUCCACCACUUGGUCUAGGAGAUCAAAUUGAAAUCUGUUUUGUACAUGGAUGUGACAAAGGUUGCAGAUGCAGACCAACUGCAUCCACAUGUUUGCUAAAGUUAUGCUUGCCAGUACAUCUAAACAGCUUUGAUUGCAUGAAAGAUUUGCUGAUUUCUUCUAUUCAAGAAGGAAGGGGUUUUGGAAAUUUCUAA